AUGUCUGAGUUUCAACGAGCCUUCUUUGAGAUCGACACAGACGCUAGUGGCAGCAUAACUGUGGAAGAACUGCGCGCCUACAUGGAGAAGAUGCAUUAUCGUGAGACAUUUGUUACUAAAUGGGUCCAGCUUUUCGACCCGGAAAAGACAGGAGAGAUCACUUACGAGAGCUAUUGUAGUACUUUAGGCCUAAUUCCAGCCACCAGACACUCCAUCUCGGCCCAAGGAGCGCCGGAUACGCCGCAAGCACAAUCGCCUAAUCUUGCUUCUUCCCUUUCCUCUCAACAAGGACUCGGCCUCGAGACGCAAUCCUGUCCUACGACGCUGUCAGCAGCACAGAUGAAUACGAAUGCGAGGUUCGGACCUAUGGAGCAAAUGACUACAACCCCAAAAGAAAGGUAA